UUUAUUCCCCCCUCAUUAUUCCUCUGCUAACCAAUUCAUUUCCAGAGUUUGCACUUAAGAAGCAAUGGGGAAAACCAACAAUCUUUCAACUCUAUUAUUUAAGUGCUGCUUUUGUGAUUUCUUGAAGGUGAAGAUGCUCACUGCAACAUCCAUUAAUUUCUUCUACCUUGGCCUGUGUUUGCUCACAUUAACCAGCUCAUCUGUUGCUGCUGCUGGCCAAGAAACACUUUGUGGUGCUGAGUUGGUUGAUGCUCUUCAAUUUGUCUGUGGAGAAAGAGGCUUUUAUUUCAGUAAACCAGCAGGUUAUGGAAGCAAUAGACGUUCCUCUUCUACUAGGGGAAUAGUGGAUGAAUGCUGUUUUCAGAGCUGUGACCUGAUACGGCUGGAGAUGUACUGUGCUCCUGUCAAGCCACCUAAAUCUGCACGAUCUCUACGUGCUCAGCGACACACUGAUAUGCCUAAAGCACAAAAGGAAGUGCACUUGAAGAAUACAAGUAGAGGAAGCACAGGAAACAAGAACUACAGAAUGUAAGAAAAUUCCACCCGUAAGAGUGAAGAAUGAAUGUGCCACCUGCAGGAUACUUUGCUGUAAAUAGUCAGACAUUGGACAAAGCUAGAGUUCAAUAAGUUUGAUGAAUUCUCCACUAAUGGGCAUUCUCCCUAGGAACAAUGCAUAUCAACAGAAAGC